UCACCAUCACCAUCACCAUCAUCACCACCAUCACCACAACCACCAUCACCAUCAUCACCACCAUCACCAUCAUCACCACCAUCACCAUCACCACCAUCACCAUCACCACCGUCACCACCAUCACCAUCACCACCAUCAUCACUAUCACCAUCAUCACCACCAUCACCAUCACCAUCAUCACUAUCACCAUCAUCACCACCAUCACCAUCACCACCAUCACCAUCACCCUCAUCACCCUCAUCACCAUAAUCAUCAUCACCACCAUCACCACCAUCACCACCACCAUCACCAUCACCACCAUCACCAUCACCACCAUCACCAUCACCACCAUCACCAUCACCACCGUCACCACCACCACCAUCAUCAUCAUCAUCACCACAACCACCAUCACCAUCACCACCAUCAUCAUCAUCACCACCAUCACCAUCACCACCGUCACCACCACCACCAUCACCACCAUCAUCAUCACCACCAUCAUCACCACCAUCACCACCAUCAUCAUCACCACCACCACCAUCACCACCAUCAUCAUCACCAUCAUCACCACCAUCAUCACCACCAUCACCACCAUCAUCAUCACCACCACCACCAUCAUCACCACCAUCA